AUGAGAGGCUCUUCCUAUUCCCAGAAGACCCUGACCGUCAGUGGAUCCAGCAGGACACGGGUUCAGAGCCCUUCCCCUUCACGAUGCCGGGGGUCCUCUUACACCCGUGGUCGGGCUGGCUUCCAGGGGCAAGCUGUGGAGGUGGGCACGGAGAUCCACAAGCACCAUGCUAAUGAGAAGGAAGAGAUGCAGGAGCUGAACGUGCGCUUUGCCGGCUACAUCGAGAAGGUUCAGUCUCUGGAGCAGAGGAACGCGACUCUCAGAGCAGAACUAGAGGUCCUGCAGAACCGCUUCAAGGGCGGACCAUCCGGCCUUGGUGAGGAGUACGAGGCCAAGUUUAAAGAGAUGAAGGACCUGAUCGAGGCACUGACUGCUGAAAAGGGCGCAGCUGAUAUUGAGAGGGGCUACAUUGAGGAGGAGGUGGAGGUGUGGAGGCUGAAGUUGGAGGAAGAGCUGGCGCUUAAAGAGGAGGCAGAGAUAAUCCUGCGCGAGUUCCGUCAGGACGUGGACAAUGCCACACUGCAGAAAGCUGACCUGGAGAAGCGUGUUGAGCAGCUGGUGGCUGAAAUAGAGUUCCUCAAGAAGCUCCACGAUGAAGAAGUCGCUGACCUCCUCAAGCAAAUUGAGGAGUCCAAGGUGACUGUGGAGCUGGACUCUGAUAGACCUGACCUGGCUGCAUAUCUGCGCAAGAUGCGCAGCGAGAUUGAAGCUGUGGCUGCCCGCAACGUCCAGGAGGCCGAGAAGUGGUACAAGGGCAAAUUUGACACACUGAAAGAGCAUGCCAGCAAGCAUGAGACCCAGAUGCGGACCAUGAAGGAAGAGAUCACCACCUUCCAAAACCAGGUGACAGACCUGCAGAACCAAAUCGACGGGUUGCGGGCACGGAACGCUGCCCUCGAGCAGCAGCUGGAUGACAUGGAGGUGGCGCACCUGGACAAGGCGGCCAGUUUGGAGGCCAUUAUUGCCCAACUAGAGAGCCAGCUGUGUGAGACCAAAGUGGAAAUGGCCAAAUACAUGGCUGACUACCAGGAGCUGCUGCACAUUAAGCUAAAGCUGGAUGCGGAGAUCGCCACCUACAGGAAGCUGCUGGAAGGAGAGGAAAAGAGGCUCGGGAUUCCGGUCACCGAGACUGCAUGAACCGCAUCUGUGUCCAGCAGCUUGGAGACUCGUACGGCUACUGAAUGA